AUGGCAAGCAAGCUUGAACCUUGUUCAAUAGGUAUUUUACUCGGCUCAACUGAAGAUUGCCACAAGACUACUUACGCAAAGAAAGUUGGAACAAAUAAGUUGGCUGCUCUACCAGUGGACGAUGUCGAACUAAUUGUACGAAGGAGCGGUUUGAAGGCAGAAAAUGACAGCGUUAUCUGUUUUUAUCAUGAAAUGGUUUAUUUACGCAAGUAUGAAUUUUUGCAAAAAAGUUGUUAUGAUCCCUUUGAAAUGCAUCCAACAAUGGCAAGGAAAAAGUCUUUAUGCAUAAUAGAUAUUGCAAAUGCGGACAAAAUUAAUAAACUCGUUGUGAAAGAUAUCAAGCCUGGUCAAAAGCUGUGCCGAAAACGUUCAUCUCAUCUUGGAAGCAUCAAUGAAAGUUGCAUCGAAGAAGAUAAAGAGUAUAAGCUUGAAGUCGAGUUACAUAAUCUUGCCGCCACAUUUAGCUCCCUUGGUUGCACUCCAGUUAAGACUAAAUUCGCACAGAGAGACCGUGCGGUGUAUCCCAAACAAAAGGCUCAAGAAGUGCAGAUGGCUAUUACUGACGAAGUUGCUCGUCGUUUAAAUGUUGACUCCAAUGAACUUCAAACGUGUCAAAAGUGCACAGACCUUGACGCAAUUAUAGAAGGGAUCAAAGAAAAAUACUCCACUUCAAACAUGGAAGCCACACUAAAACUUAUCACUCUUGCGCCGCCCUCUUGGACAAUAGAAAAAACUGCGAACGAGUUUGGAGUAUCUAACUUCAUGGUCAACAAAGCUCGGAAAUUGAAAAAGGCAAAAGGAAUUUUACCUGAUAUAAGCCCAAUAAAAGCAAGGAAACUGUCGGAAAGCAAAACGAAGGUCAUCAAUUUUCACAACGACGACGAAGUAUCGCAAAUGUGCCCAGGGAAAAAAGACUUCGUUUCCGUUAAAAAUUCAGAGGAAAAAUGAGUCUAUGUUCAAAAGCGACUCUUGCUUGCUAAUUUACGUGAACUGUAUUUGCACUACAAAGAAAAAUCAAGUGGUGAACAUGUUGGAUUUUCCAAGUUUUGUGAACUUCGGCCCCGUUGGUGUAUUACCAUUGGAGCGAAAGGUAUGCAUUUGGUAUGUGUCUGCGAAUACCAUCAAAACGUCAAGUUACUGUUGGAUUCUCUCCCUGGACCAAAACUUGAUCAUAAAUCCUUAAUGGCGAAACUUGUUUGUGAUGUCAGUGAAAGAAACUGCAUGCUUCAUCGGUGCGAGAAAUGUCCAGGUUCUGACAGUCGCAGAGAACACCUUCAGUCUGUCUUUUUGGAACGUUCAAUCGAGGAUGAUGAUGAACUAACUUUCAAGCAAUGGAUGCAUACAGAUGGCACACGACUUAUCACAAGACAGGAACUUACAUGUGACCUCUUGGAGGAGAUCGUUUUGCAAAUUAAUGCUCUAACCAGCCAUAGCUUCAUUGCGAAGGCACAAGCAGCCUACCUCGCACAGCAAAACGAGUCGUUAACUCGAGGCACUGCGGUUGUUUUGCUUGAUUGUGCAAAAAACUACUUAUUUGUUGUUCAGGACGCUGUUCAAGGUGACGACAACAGUCAAGCUACACUGCAUCCACUAGUUGCCUAUUAUCGGAAAGAAGAUGGCAAUCUCAGGACGAUCAGUUUCUGUGUGGUCAGUGAUUGUCUGAAGCAUGAUGCUACAGCUGUGUAUGCAUUUAUCAGCAUUAUCAUUGCUCAUCUCAAGAAAUUAAUUCCAGGUCUUUCGUUGGUGAGGUAUUUCAGUGAUGGAGCCGCCAGUCAGUACAAGAACUGUAAAAACCCUUUUAACUCUUUUUCAUCCGGUGCCAAUUAG